CGGGGCACACCGAGCCCCAAACACAGUCUGGCUGUGUCCUGCCAAGCUCRGCCUGGGACACAGUCCCCCUCCUGGUCCCACGGGCUCAUCCCAUGGCCAGAGCAGCCAAAUCCAGGCUGGCUCCUGCUGGCAUUAUAAAUAGCUGGGGCUUGGGGAAGGAGCUGCGCUGCCUGGGUGUGGUGAGUCCCACUGGGCGCUGAUCGGGGGGACUCGCUGGGUGCAGAACUGACGGGUGGGAGGGCUCGGUGCUGCCGCGGCGCUGCCCAGCCCGGGAGGUGCGAUGAGUUGUGCAGAGAACGGCCGGGGGAGGGACGGGGCUGCGUGUGUGAGAGUGUGUGAGUGUGCGUGUGUGUGUGUGAGAGAGAGAGACAUUUAUAGAUCACGUGUGAAACUUGAUCUCCCCGCAGUGGACUCAGAGGAAGGAAAAAAGAUAGAAGUAUUGUUUUUAAACAGAUUUUUUCCUUUGUUUUUCUUUUUUUCUUUUUUUUUUUUUUUUCUCCCCUCUCCCCCUGCGAGGGCUGGCGAUAAAAGGCCGGGGCGGCCAGCGCCGGCUCAGAGGGAGGAAAUGCCGAAAUCGCCGCGGUCGGAGGCGGCGGCGAGCGCCCACUGACCCAUCCCGCUGCCGGCGCAUCCCCCGCCGCGGCACCCCGGCCCCACGGGGAACCCUCCGGGGACCCCCUCGGGGACCCCCGCGCCAUGCGGGCGCUCAGCUUCGGCCUCGUGGCGCUGACCUGUGCCACGACGGCUCUGUGCGCGGCCGGAGCGCAGCGCCGGGCGCUGGAGGGCGGCGGCCGCCGGCGCUACCACCGCGUGCAGCACGGCCACUGCAGCUACACCUUCGUGCUGCCCGAGGCCGAGCCGCUGCCCUGCCCGGCCGCUCCCGGGGCUGUUCCCGGCCCGGCCAACGUGCUGCUCCAGAGGGACUCGCCGGCCGGCACCGCCGGGCACGGGGCUGCCCAGCGCCUGCGGCACCUGGAGAGGAUCCUGGAGAACAGCACGCAGUGGCUGCUGAAGCUGGAGAGCUACCUCCAGAGCGGCGCGAAGCCAGAGAYGGCGGAGCUGCGGCAGACGGCGGCGCAGAACCAGACCGCCACCAUGCUGGAGAUCGGCAGCUCCCUCCUCAACCGCAGCGCCGAGCAGAGCCGCAAGCUCACCGACGUGGAGGCGCAGGUGCUCAAUCAGACGUGGCGCAUCGAGAUGCAGCUCCAGGAGAAUUCCCUGUCCACCACCAAGCUGGAGAAGCAGCUGCUGCUGCAGACCAAUGAGAUCCACAAGCUACAGAACAGAAACAACAUCCUGGAGGUGCGGGUGCUGGAGAUGGAGACGAAGCAGCGGGCGGAGCUGGCGGGGGCCCACUCGGAGAAGGAGAAGCUGCAGCGGCUGCUGAGCCGGCAGAGCGGCGCCAUCGAGGAGAUGGAAAAGACGCUGCUGGCUGCCAGCGCCAACACCAGCCUGCUCCAGCGCCAGCAGCUCCAGCUCCUCCAGUCCGUCCAGAGCCUGGUGCGCCUCGUCUCCCGGGGCAGAGCCGUGUCACCUGGGCAGGAGCAGCAAUUCCAGGACUGUGCCGAGAUGCACCGGGCGGGCAUCCRCACCAGCGGCAUCUACACCCUGCACAUUGCCAACCUCAGCGAGCCCAAAAAGGCAUACUGUGACAUGGAGACGGAUCGAGGGGGCUGGACCAUCAUCCAGCUUCGUGCCAACGGCAGCCUCAGCUUCCAGAGGAGCUGGAGGGAGUACAAGCAGGGCUUCGGGGACGCGGCGGGCGAGUACUGGCUGGGGAAUGAGGCCGUGCACCUGCUGACCAGCCGGGCACCCUACACGCUGCGGGUCGAGCUGCAGGACUGGGAGGGCGGCCAGGUGUAUGCCCACUACGGGAAAUUCCAGCUGGGCAGCGAGCGGCAGUUCUACAGGCUGUCACUGCAGGACUACAGCGGCACGGCCGGCCAGCAGAGUGGCCUGGCACUGCAGGGCACCCAGUUCAGCACCCGYGACGCCGACAAUGACAACUGUCUCUGCAAGUGUGCCCAGAUGCUCUCGGGAGGAUGGUGGUUCGAUGCCUGUGGCCUCUCCAACCUGAACGGCAUCUACUACCCGGCCCGGAACAACAUCCGCAAGCUCAACGGCAUCCGCUGGCACCACUUCCAGGGGCCCAGCUACUCCCUGAAGGGCACCCGCAUGAUGAUCCGACCCGCCAGCUUCUAACGUGCCCACGGCCAGGGCCAGCACUGAGGGACAAGUCUGGGACAAGGGAUGGCUGGCGGCAGAUAAGACAGCCCAGCUUCUGCAGGGAACCUUUGCCACGAGUUAUAUUUUUUACUCUUGUUAAUCCCAUUUUCCAGAAGCCUGCAGUGUCACCAUGGCCAUGCUGGAGGAGCYGUGGGCAGGGGUGAAGUGUGCUGCAGGAGCUGGAGCUGCAGGAGCUGGAGUGGGACAGAGCCAGACCUGCCAAAGUAGGCUCCAGCCUAUGGAAACCCCCUGAUCCCACCUCAGCUUYUCUCCCUGAAUUUCUGCUGGGCUUCAUGGUUUGUCUUGGGGACCGGGCACUGAGACUCCCCAGUGAUGGGRGUCUGAAAACCCCUGGGACCAUGUGCAUUCAGAGGGGAUCCCAGAUGUGAUGGGGGCUUUGCCUUUUCACUGGUUGUAAUUCUCCCACCAUCCCACUUUCCUGCAGGAUUGGAGGAGCUGGGUGGGACAGGAAUCCUCAGGAACAUGGGAGACUGGGGACAUCCCUCCUUCCCCUCUAAUCCAGACACAGCCAUGCAGAGGGCCACAGGCUGUCCCCUUCCAAGCAUGGCCCAAGCCAAUGUCCCCACGCACGGCAGGACAGGCACUGCCCCUCAUGGGAUGGGGCUGAGUGUCUCCAGUUCCCAGAGAGGACAGGGAGAGUAGGGGGUGUCCUUGGGAACCCUCCAGGGAGASCAGCCCUGGGGUGGUCAGUGGCCCAGUGUGGGAUGACACUUGCUGGGAGCAGGCACUGCACUGGCAGGGGGCCCGCAGGGCCCCAAAAUGGGCAGGAAGGGGCUG